CGCAAAAUGAAUUGACUGUCGUCUUCUAUAUCGGUAUGGACAUGCCCUGCUACUACACCAACUCACAUGUAGUAUGGCUGCGAUAUUAGCUUGUCCUAGAAAGCGCAACAUGAUGAAGGCUCAGUCGCGUACAUGAAGGAAUCAAUGCCUAGACACACGUGGGCUUCAUUUUAAGACCUCCAAGAUUAUCAGGCCGCGAGCCUCUCUUGCUCAUCAAUCUCAUCCAUUUUUCAAAAUCUUCUGUGUCUGUGCCGGGCUUCUCAGCAACUUGAUCUCUGUACAAGUCAUUCUUUGCCUUUUUCUCUUCGUACGCUCCUUUAUUGGUUGGAAUCAUCUGCAUCCUUGAAUCCCGGUCUCGUCGUUUCCAAAUCGACGAGCUCCUGGUACCAUAAUUUCUAGGAGUAAAUUCUCGAGGGUUGAUUGUGUGUAUUUGAUCGCCCAUCAUGAAAGUCCCCAAAGUAUGCACAAUCAGCAGGAGGGCAAUUCGGCCCAAUAUCGUUAGAAGUCGGGUUUGCGCCAGUGUCAGUUCUAUACGAAAUGCGUCGCAAUUCGGCCCUACCAGCAAUUUUCCUGGUCAAGAUCAGGACGAAGAGGAAGAAACUCCCAAAGGCUCAAAGUCCGAAAAGCACUCACAGUCUCGUUUUGGACCUACUAUGUUCAAGAUGUUUGAAAGUGCUGCAACUACCUUUGCCUCCAUUGCCAUCCUCGGCCUUGCAGGCUAUUCCUACCACCUUUACUACAAAUCGCUUGUUUUGCGCAAGAUGGAAAAGGCUUUUACUCCUGGCGACCCGAUGCUGGACCUCGCCGCACCUCCUGGACCUCAUCUCCCGCCUACUGACCAAUCAGAUGACGAGUCUGAUCACUGGGUCGAGAGACCUGAACAAACCAGGAUUGACAAGAUCAUAAACGGGGACUCUAGAGGAAGAUAUUAUCUUCUGGUCGGCGAGAAGGGCACUGGGAAGUCAUCCAUGAUUCUCGAAGCUAUGCGCAAGAUCGACGGUGAAGGAGUUUCAAUGUUCGAAGCUCACGCAGAUCCGGAGAUCUUUCGAAUCCGCCUGGGUAAAGCCCUCAAUUACGACUUUCACGAAGACUACAUUGGAUCACUCUUUUCGAUUCGCGGACCGCGAGAUACGACAGCUUUGCUGGAUAUCGAGCGCGCAUUCAACAAGCUCGAAAAGAUAUCCUUGUCUCAUCGGGACGGUUCUCGCCUGAAAGGCAGCGGCAAAGGACCGCUAGUUCUCGUCGUCAACUGUGCGCACCUCAUAAGGAAUGAUGAGGACGGAAACGACCUGAUUGAACUGAUGCAACAACGUGCCGAGCAGUGGGCAGCCGCAAACCUGAUCACUAUGAUUUUCAAUUCCGAUGAUUACUGGGUCUACGAGCGGUUGAAGCGAUUCGCAACAAGAAUGGAAGUAAUUCAGAUAUUUGAUCUGCCAAAGGAUCGGGCCAUCGCGGCCUUGGAUGCAUACCGAGCGAGAUAUUUCCCGCAGCAGAAACGAGAUCCGGAGAUACUAAAGCAGGUCUAUGAGCUCGUCGGUGGGCGAUUGAACUUCCUCGGCCGAGUCGCCAAAGCCACAGACAUGGUGAAGAUGGGCCACCAAAUCAACGAAGCCGAAAAGACUUGGUUCCUAAAUCAGUGUGGCAUCUUGGGAGAAGACAUGGACGACGAUGUCAUGGACCAACAAAAGUAUGCCAGUGCAGCCAUGGUACUAGCCAAGGCUCUCGUCGAGAAGGAGAAGGAGAUGGAGUCGAGCUACGACGAUGAAAGCGGCCAUAUUCUACCGCAGAUCCCUCUAUAUAUUGCUCGGCAGAUCAUGACCAGAGCGGAUUUCAUUCAGAGCUAUGACCACGACAAUAUUUUCACUAUCGACAGCACUGCCAUGGUUCGCGCAGACAGCGUCCCUAUGAUGAACGCUUUCAAAUCGAUAUGCGCCGAAGAAGGGUUCGAUGAGUAUCUCGAAGCUACGCUUGACCGCAUAUCUGCCAUUGAGAGCCUCAACAGAACAAAGGAACUUACCUUCAAAGAUCUAUGGAUCGAACAGAAAGGGGAACAACGGGGCAAAUAUGUAUUUGUCAACAAAGACCACAAAGGACGAGAAACUGGCACUACGGAGAUGCGAGUUCAACCCGACAACCCACCUGAAGAUGACGAUUAGAAAUCACGUCGCAACACUACAGCCGUGAGCCUCCCAGACCUGUCAGGAGGUACCUAGAAUUACGGUCGCCGACCGAAACAGACCGCGCAUUGACGGAUCAUUCUCUGCGGCAGCGGCGCUAUGCCACUCCCUCUGGUUGCGAACGCCCCUUGCAACGCUUUACAUGCUCGGCCACAACCUGGACAAUGGUUUCUGUUCGGUACACCCUCAUGGUGAUAGAUCCAUCUUUCCAUACUGGUGCUAGUGAUACUGGCCCAUCGGUCACGAGGCACCAGUUGAUUUGUGGCUUCCAAGUUCUCAAGAUUUGAUCGAGCUUGCAUGUUGCGCACACGGAAUUGGGCAGCUCUGCAGGCUAUGCAUUGCCAGUCGGAGUAUGGCUGCUGGUGGAUGUUUUCUCGAUUCGCCAGGCCGCAAUCACAAGGACGAAGUUGGUUGCAGAUUUUCGUGCUGCGACUGCAUGGUUGGCAAUAGUACAACUCGGUCUGGGGGCACUUGUGAGGGUCAUAGAAUUGUUGAGCUCGCCGUACGCAGUUGAUACAGAUGAACUUGUUGCAACCGGAGAAGAUUCCUGGGUGGUACCUACCGUAACAACGUGACACGGCCACUAUGUCUGAGGUGUUUGGGCAGUCAUCGCAUUUGACGGGCUUCAGACCAGCAAAAUAGGGGUCCUUCGUAUCUGGCUGGGUUGGAAUGUGAGGAAAUGGCUUGAACAGAUCGGCAACUGUGCGAGAUGUCAACCGGAGUCUGGUGUAAUCAUAGGGGCUGAGACCACCCACCUCUCUCAGACCGUCUCGGAAGUCAGGAAUGGAGGUCAACAAGCUCACCAAGUCUAACUUGGGCUUCGAGUAUGAUGGCGGAGGUGGAACCUGUUGAUUGUGCAAAGUGAGGCAGCUUGUUAGGCUGAUGUGAUUCUCGGUCUCAAUGCGACGUUGCUUACCUGAGAGUACUUCGACACAAUCGGAGAAGGAGCGUUGUCUCUUGCUGGUCGCCAUGAUGUUGGUUGUGCAGAUUUCGAGCUGAUCGCUGGAUCCCUCCUAACAUCGUGGCCGGAGGGCUAUCUCGUUCUUAUGCUUAGAAUAGGGGCUGUUGGACACAAUGGCAUUAUUCGCAAUGUCUAACAUCAAUACAGGUGUUGGACAAAGCUCCAUUAUCCUCUUUGACUGUAUGAAGUCUA